AUGGUGGGUGCCCGGUGCAUCGUGUUCGAUCUCACCUACCAGCAUGUGUGGUCCAAGUUCUUGGCCUUCCUGUGUUUCCUCAACGCGACGUUGCUGCUGGGAGAGGAGAGCUUCUAUUCCAUACUGUCGCAGCUUCCAUCCUCCUCCAGCUGCGUCCGGAAUCACCAUGUCGGCUUCUGCAACCAGACUGGCGACCAAGUGUUCCGGGAUGCGCGGAUUCAGGUGGUGUUGAGCCCAGUGGAGAGCGAGACGCUGCAGUUGGAGUUCCCCAGCGUGAGAACCCUCUGGGUGGUUCUAGUUGUUGCCGUUGCAAACUCCAGGUACAUGAACAAGCUCCAGGCUUGGAUCGUCUGGACACUCGCGGCGCUCGGUGCAUUCCUCUGCUCCGCACACGCAGCCAUCACACUGGUGGACCUUGCACACUGCGGCCCAGGCUCCCCAGAGCAUGCGAUCGACUGGGAGAUGUUGGAUAGAAGCUGGGCAAGAACGCAGGAGCUCCUCGGCGAGAGGCACGCGCCGUUGGCCAGCGCAAAGCGCGUCGCGGAGUACUGCUGGGUGCCGCCGCGCCCCCGCCAGGGUCCGCGCCCGCGGCGGCCGCCGCCCGAUGAUGACCAUGAAGGCGACAUGAAGCAGCGGACGAUGGAUGCGAACAUGACUGUCUUCAUGCGCGAGCCUCGGCCUGUUACUUAG